UUGGACUCGAUGAUCCUUGUGGAUCAUAUUCCAACUCAGAACAUUUUGUGAGUGCAGGGAGAGUUGGAUCUGCCCUGCAGCUCACUCGUGGUGGGAAAGCCUGAAAAAGGGAGAUCAUGGAGUUUCCCAGGGUUCAGUGUCCCCUCUGCUCACCAGGAAGCUGGAGGAAGUGGGGAGAGAUGUGUUUUGGGUGCAGGAAGAUGUUCCCUGCCUCUGCUACCUCCCCAACCCCACUUUGGGGUGACAGCCCUGCUUCUGACACCAUCCCCAAGAGAAGAGUUCCUGGCAGGAGACCUCAGGGCUGGUGGUCCUCUGGAGCUCAGAGGAUGCAGAAGAGCAGCUGCACCUUAAAUCCCCUCCUGGUGCCCCCACUGGGCACGAGGAUUGCCCUGCCCCUCCUCUGGGGUGGAAGGGAGACUUUAUCCUCCCUGUGCUCUGGGACAGGCAGAUCUUCCCCAGCCUGGCUCCUGCUGAAGCUGGACGAGAAGCCCCCAAAUGUGGAGCAGGAGGGUCACGUUGGGUUGCAGCAUGAAAGCCCAACUCCUCCAGCUGGGAACCCUCUGGGAGGUGGCAGGACUGGCUGGGCAGAGCAGAAGGGAAGGGAGACAUCCAAAAGCAAAGCUGAGUUUGGUGGGAAACCAGGCUGGUGCACAGAGGUUUCCAGACAGAGACAAAAAGAGAAGAAGGAGGUGAGGAGUCACCUGGAAUGGGGUGGACAGGAAGGGUGGGCUCAAGACACGACCCAGUCUUAGCUUUAAUAUGAGAAUAAUGAGAGAAAUGGGAGGGUGAAGCAAUGGGGAUUGCAACACCAUGGUGGCCCUCUCUGGGUCACUGGUCAAACUGGGGCACUCUCCAGUUGCAACUUGGGCUAGUGGAAGGUGUCCCUGUCCAUGGCAGGAGGUUGGACUGAGAUGACUUUUAAAGUCCCUUCCGACCCAAACCAUCCUGUGGUUCUGUGAUUUUAUGGUUCUGUGGUUUGGGCCAUGGACCCACCAGGCUGGGAGGUGCUGCUGGUGGCUGAGACCAGGCCACAGUUAUCUGAGCAGUGACAAGCACUUGAUUUCUGAAAGCAAGACUGGAGUUUCCACAGGGCAGCCCAGAGCUGGCCUGGAUCCUGUGUGCCCAGUGCGAGGGCAAGAGAGCAGAAGGAGAGGCUAAUUACAGCCCUGUGGUGCUAAUUGUACCUGUGAACACAUCCAAUGCAAUGCAGCCCCUGGCUGCCAACUGGGGCGAGGGCUGGCAUCUCCUCUGGGCAAGGGCUGGCAUCUCCUCCAGCCUGGGGUGGGAGCAGGGGGCAGCAGAGCUCAGCCCUCUGAGGCAUUGCUGGGCCAUUGGUGGCAGAUGGGAGGGAAAGGGCCCAGGGGCUCCUCUUCCCAAACUGGGGGAAGAAGAGAGGUGGGAAGCACUGGCACCACGUGCCUGAUGUUGUCCCAGUUGGGGAGGUAUCUUCCAAUAAUCUGAUACUCUGCAGGGUGAGGUUUGGGGAUCAGCAGGUGCCAGCAGGUAACUGUGACAGGCCUUGCUGGGGUGAUGGGCAUGGACCAGGACCAGCUCUUGCUGUCCCUACCAGCUGAGACCCCCUUUCCCAGGGUUGGACAGGAGAGAUUCCCAGAUCAUGGACACUUUUGUGGGUGACAGAUCUGAUCACAUCAAUUUUGAGUCACCGCAAUGGCUUUUGAUAGCCCGGGAGGGCACUUACCCAGGGUGACACCGGGGGUGACUCAGGGUCCCGGCGCUGACUCACUCCACUCUCCACCCUCGGUGGGGUGCCCUGCAUCCCAUGGGAGCUGGUCCAUCCCCAGGCCUGUGCACAGGGUGAGAUACACACAGUACCUUCCCCUGGACCAGCCCCAAACACCCACACACUGAGACACCUGAGUCACCUGCCACGCUCCUCGGCGUCCCCGGCGCCACUCGCCCUCCUCCCGGGGACGAGGACUGAGCUCCCCAGCACCCUCUGGCCAGGGGCAGCACCAUGGAGGUGGUCCUGCUCCAUGGGCUGCUGCUGCUCCUGCCCUUGGCAGGGCUGCUGCUGUACAGGUACAACACCACCUUCCACUACUUCUGCAAGGUGGCCUUUUUCCACUGCUGGCUCGUGGCCAUGGCCACCAUCCUGUCCCCCUUCGCGGCUCUUCGGGGACGCUCCGUGGAGAACAUGAAGCUCCUGCGCGCCGCGAUCCUGCCCCUCAAACGCUUCUGUGGCAUCAAGCUGCAGGUGAGGGGCACAGAGCACCUCAACAGCAAGGAGCCCUAUGUGAUAGUUUGCAACCACCAAGCUUCCCUUGACCUCGUGGGCAUGGCAGAGGUCAUUCCUGAGCGCUGUGUGCCCAUUGCCAAGAAGGAGCUGUUGUACAUGGGCACUGUGGGCUGGGCCUGUUGGCUCAGUGGCAUCAUCUUCAUCGACCGCCACAGACGAGACGCUGCCAUCGAUGUCAUCUCCCAGACAGCCCGGACCAUGUGGCGUGAAAACCUCCGAGUGUGGGUUUUCCCCGAAGGCACCAGGAACCAGAACAAAUCCAUGCUGCCCUUCAAGCGUGGGGCUUUCCACCUGGCUGUGCAGGCUCAGGUUCCCAUCUUCCCCAUUGUAAUCUCCCCAUACUGGGACUUCUUCAGCUCCAAGGAGAAGAAGUUCACCUCUGGCACGUGCACCAUCCAAAUCCUGCCCAAGGUGGAAACACGGGGCCUGAGCCCCGAGGAUGUCCCCGAGCUGACCGAGGCUGUGCGCAGGGCCAUGGCCGAGGCCCUGGCUGAGAUGUCUGGGAACCCCCGCGGGGACCAGGGCGGGGGCACGGGCAGCCCCCAGUGCCAGAAGGACCCAACUGGGACCACUUAUUAGGCAGAGGGAGCGAGUCCCUCGGGGACACAAGGGAGGUAUGCUGUCCCCUUGUCCCCUGAGGAUGUGUCCACCAGCCCUGCCACCGCCCCGGCAGGACGGUGCCCUGGUGCAAGGGGAGCAGAGCAGUGCAGGACAGGGACCAGGCAGCUCCCCAAAAACAGAGCGAGGUGCCCCCCGAAACCCCUGGUUAUGGCUGUGCAUCCCCUGUGUCCCCCACACCUGGAGCUGUGUCUGUCCCCUGGGAUGGCUCCUGCCUGCACCCUGGGCAGGGGGGGAUGCUCCAGGCAGGGCUGGGGGUUCACAGCACCAUUUUCCACCCCUGACUUCCCCCAAGGGCGUGCUGGGUUCUUCUUCCAGAGGCUCCUAAAAUGCUGUUGGGAUACAGCCAGCUCUGGGGAGGAGUCCAGAGUGCAGCACGUGGCCUGGGGGGACACGAGGUCCAGGGGAUGUUGCCAUGUGGGAAGAGCAUCCUCGACGCUGAGUUGUGAGCCAAGGCUGCAAGAUUAAACGGGCUGUAGCUGGUG